CAAGAAAGACUCUAUUUAUCCCCAGAUAUAGUUGCCAUGGAAAGCAGGGUUGUAUCGAAUGAACUCCUAAAUGAUCAUUCCAUCAUCACAGUGACAAGCUUGUCAGUGAAGACGUUUGCCUUGAAAUAUAAAGUGCCGAAGUAUUUUGGAAUCUUAUCCAUUGAUACGGAAGGAAUGGACGCAAAGCUCGAUGUCAUUUUCGCACGCUCAGAUUCUACACCAGUGGAUACAACUUGGAUACAGGCCGAUGUACAUUGUAGUGGAGUAUCUGCACCAGAAGGAGCAGGACAUGACGACAAGUUUACUGAUGGAAGAAGGGUAUUCAUAUCUCAUGAAGAAAGGAUACAAUUUCAUAUUUCAAUACAACAUAGAUCUUAUGCAAGGUGAUGAAACCUGAUAAAAACUUGAACUAUAACAGGUUGUUU